GUCUGUCAAGGGCUUAUCUGGAAUGCAACAACGGGAGCUCUGCCUAACGGAUUAAUAACACGUGAUGUCACAGAUUUGCCUACAGUUGGUUGGCUCCAUUCGAGUGGCAUAACAUUAUAAAUGUGGAUGCGAAGAAACUGACUGAAUUAUUUGUUUGCUAGUACUGCUGGUAAUCAUGUCGAAGCUAUUGUUCGUCUUUGUCACCGUGAUUGGCUCCCUGUCGGCCUUGUCGAUUGACAGGAAGCCUGUUCCGGCGAUUUCCUCCUCAUCAUCACAAAAAAGUCUCCGCCUGCUUCAACUCAACGGAGUAGGAAACUGUGGCGAGAGUGAUCUUAUUGAUGUCCGCGUGGCUGGUUGUACCACCGCCCCUUGCCAAAUCCGUCGCGGACAAACCAUAACGAUCGAUGUCGACUUUAGAGUUACCGGGACACAGGAGUAUGGAAACGUUUUCUUCAAGUCGCUCGCCACGAGGGAAAACUUGGUUCAAAUUGUUGAUCCUGACGUCUACUUGCAAGGCGUGAGGUUGACACCGGGGCAACAGUAUGCUUUCAACUUUGACUUUUACAUUCCAUCCGAUGGGUUCACUGGGGCCGAUUCUGAACUGCGAUUCACCGUUUAUCAGAACAUGAGGAGGCCAAUUUGUAUCAUAAUUCCAGCCACAUUUGUAUAAGACAAGAACGGAAGCAAAAACCCAUAAAUCAUUUUCCCACAGUCACAUUUUAUUAACAUGAUUUAAAUUGUAAAGCAUAUUUCAAAUCGUAAAUAAACAGGCAACGAAUUAUUUAAA